GUAAAAUGGAGAAAAAGGGAAAGCCCGAAUGAAGUAAUGGAGAGAGUUCCGUUAUAUUUAUUUUUAAUUUGUGCGUUGCUAGAAAGAAAAGAAAAGUCAAUCGUAGAUUUUUUUUCUCAAAGAGAAUCCUUACGUUUUAAUCAGUCUUGCAGAUCCACAUAAUAGCGGACAUAAAAACAACAAGGCAACCGCACAGUCAUACUGGCAUAAUAUUUUUUUAAUACACGUUUAAAUAACAAUUUCUUCUGUAACUACACACACUAAAUAUUCACAUAAUCGAUUGGACUUUUUAAGUUACUUUUAACUUCAGAUCGCUGUGUGUGCAAUGAAUUAAGGUAACGUUUUCUACAUAGCUCCAGUCUAGCAUGUGACGUCACUAUCUACGACCAAUUACAUACCGAAGAAGAAGAAGUCUCCGACGCCGAAGAAGAAAACCAGGAAGCCAAACAUGGAGGAGCGAGAGUCGUUGAAAAGGCAAAUAGAUCUACUACAAAGUCUCAUCAACAAGCACAAGAGUGUCCAUGGCGACGCACCGAGAACUUCAGAGGCGUCAACAUCAUCCAGGUGGAGGAGCCACAACACAUCUGUCGCACAUCCGCACAACUCCAGGAGGAGCCCUUAUACGGGCCAGAGCCACGGCAGCUGGAGGAAGACGUACUCUCUGAAAAACAAGAACCCUUUAUCCGUUGCCUCAACCUCGUCUUCAGGACUAAGCUCAACCAUAUCUCAUAGUUCCGGACACUCGGUGGGAGAGGCAAGUGGGACCCCGAAACCCUCCACUGCGUCAUUAAAGACUAUGCAGCAAAAAGAUGUUGAAGGCCGUGUCCCAGGGAUUAGGAAUGUUGCCGGCGAUAAAAACGACACGCCUGUGCCUCAGCCCCUUUCUGUCGCAAGAUGUCUCCCAGCAGAAAGGCAGCAACAGAAGCUCCAAGAACCUGUAGCGACAAAAGUGAAAGCGUCUCCUGCAAGCAACUCUCCAUCGAAAGGCGACACCGUGAUCCGUGUACCCCGGUUACAAAACCAAACUUCCCUCGGGAAAAGCAACAAAACUCACACGGAAUAUCUGGACAACAAAAAACAAACUCUUCAAAACGAAAGUUCGUCAAGUCAGGUUCCUCUUCCAUCACAGGCCGUGUCUCAGUCCAGGCAGGUUUUAAAGUCCAAGUUCAGGUGGGUUAAGAACCAGAGUACUGGAGGGACACAGCCCAGUCCAAGUAGUAGUACUACCGGCAGUACUUCUGCAUCCACAAAUCGGACUCUAAUCUCAACCUUAGGCUCCAAAGCCGCAUCAUUAAGUGGAAGCUUCCUGUCAUCGUCAGUCGUCCGGAGAACCCCAGGAAGGAAGUUAACCCGGAAAUCCAUCCCGGUCUUUGCAGCCCCCCGGACGUCUAGAUACCAGUGGGUCCGAUCCCAAGCAAAAACUCCCAGAAAACCACCAUCUCCGAAAGCUCCGACUAGAACUCAGCGAUCUCUGGAAAAGGGAGAAACCCCAAAGAGAAUGAAACCGACUUCUUUCACCUCGACAAAACCGAAAAGGAAAUUAGCGUCUCCCGGUUCUUCGCUGAGUAGAUAUUGCUGGAAGGCCGGCGGUUCCGGAGCCGGAUGGGAAGCGGCGUCCCACCGGCGAUCGUCCUUUGUUUGGACGUCAGAUAAAAACAACAAGGGAGCAAGAAAGGUGUUGCCCGCCUGUACCGCAGCGCAGUCAUCUCCCAGCGCGUUCAAACUCCGCAGCAGGAUGAAAAUCAUCAGGGGGUCCGAUAUCAGCGGAAGGGGGUCGGUGAAGGUGGGCGUCCCGUCAGGUGUAAAACACUCACCGCGGGGCCGGCUGCACAGCGCCGGUCGGGUUCCCACGGGGCCUCGAAGGACACCCACCAGGGAGCUUGUCUCUUUCGGGCGACACAAGUUGAGACGAGUUUCUCCCACCUCAUGGAGAACAAGUCCGGGCACGUCCUUCCACAGCACUUCGGCCUCCCAGAGGAUAUGUCGGGCCCAGUACAAGAAGGUGAACUGCCCGGGUUCCAGUUAUUUAAACACUCUGCCCUACAACGCCAGCCUCUCGUGGAGAGCCAAAAAAAUCCAGUUGGCAAGGAGUUUCCUCCAGAGCCGCCAGAGACCGUGUCACAACCGAUACCCGGCAGCCGCCCACCACUGGAAAGGGUCUGGCGUGUGUUGGAUUCGGGGUAGUCUCUACCAAGUGUCGGCCAAUAAGCUCUCCCGCAAAGUCGGCCACAACAUGUCCAUCAACCGAACAGGGCGAGCUUUCAACGUCUCUCCUGGCAGUUCUCCUACCGCUCGCUCCAACAGCUCACGUCAUCUGGCCAGCCGUGCGGUCCAGCGCAGUCUCGCCAUAAUCAGGCAAGCACGGCAGAAGAAGCAGCAAAGGCAGUACUGCAUGUACUACAACCGUUUUGGCAAAUGCAAUCGGGGCAGCAGCUGUCCCUACAUUCACGACCCAGACAAAGUGGCUGUGUGCACAAGGUUUCUACGUGGGACAUGCAAACAGGCGGAUGGAAGCUGCCCGUUCUCGCACAAAGUAGCCAAGGAGAAGAUGCCGGUGUGCUCUUACUUCCUGAAGGGAAUCUGCAACAACAGCGACUGUCCUUACAGUCACGUCUACGUUUCCCAUAAGGCGAAAGUGUGCGAGGACUUUGUCAAAGGCUACUGCCCCGAGGGAGAAAAGUGCAAGAAGAAACACACACUGUUGUGUCCGGACUUCACAAAGACCGGUUCCUGCCCUCGGGGAUCCCGCUGCAAGUUGCAACACCGCCAACGUACCAAACGGAGCACAUCCACCCCCGUGAGACCUCGGAACAAGGAACCCUCCAAGAGCCUCUGCCGGUCUGAGGUCCUUCUGCAAGGCUCUCAGGAAACCCCAGGUACAUCUGCUGCCAGUUUGCUGGAACUGCCAUCUUUUAUAUCUCUAUCGAGCUCUCCAGAGGAACCGGACACACCGGACCUACUGCAAGCCAAGACCUCCCAGUCUAAAGACAAAAAACUGCAGAUAAAACCUCGCUUGUAGAGGACCCCCCCCCCCAACACCAGCGGCACUGGAGGACCAACGCUAGUUUUACCCCACGGACGUCUGACUUUUAGCUUUUAGUUUUAGUUUGUGCAAUUGGCCUUCAGGUUUUGGACAGUUUACACAAGCUUCAGUUUUACUGAUUGGGUGAGAGAAGCGCUACCAAGUCCAGAAGGCCGUCUUGUGUGGCGCGUUUGUGUUUUUCAAUAUGCGGCGCAGUUAGCAUCCCCUCAAAUGCAGACUUUGUUCGCGAUACGUCAAUUCAUUUCACUUUUAAACACAACUAAUUAUUUUAGAAGGUUUGACAAAUAUGGUUUUCUUUAUUUUUCUUAAGUGGCUACACAUACUCACAGCGCUUGGCUAACUUUUUAAAAAACUUUUUUUAAGUUGUGACGCUAGACGUUUACAAUGUCGGGAUGUGGGACAAUUUUUAAUAUUUGGAAAAAAUGUAUAGAGGGUGGCUAAAAAGGAAGUGAAGCACUCGGACACCCCCGCCGUACGGGGUCACCUGAUCCGGCGGCGUGUUUAUGACCAUUUUGCGCUGAAAGGCGGUGACAGCAGCAGCAGGGGGUGCUUCGCUUUCAUGGCGAGAGAUGAGAAACACGAGCGUGAAGCGACUUGAUAAUUGCUGCGGGAUAGCGGACGGUGUUUUACGCUCCUUUUUCACCACCAUUGUAAAAAUACCUGGAUGACGGAUUGGAAAUUAAAGAUGGAAGAAAUUAGUUGGAAUUUUUUUAUGACUGAAAUUGUAUUCUCCUGCGUUUGUAUUAUAAUGCGGCAUGAUAAAUGUGCCAUGCAAAUAAAUGUGCCUUCCUGAUAUAUGUCUUGGUCAUCGGUCAGGUUCUUCAGGUUCUUCAUUCAUAUCGCCAUAGAGCAGGGGUCUCAAACACGCGGACACUAGUUUGAGGCCCCCUCCUUGAUAUGAAAGUUUAAUGUUAGUGCGGCCCGCGCAAGUUUGAUAUGGAUGCUGUAUGGUAUCAUGUACCCAGAAAAAAUUAUUACGUUUGAUUAAUGUUCAUGUUAAAGGUUAAAUAACUGUUA